CUGAAAAAAGCUUUUAAGAAAUUUUACUAGUAGUCCAAAGACAUUUUAUAGGUACUAUAUUAUAAAAGAAAUUUCUUUAUUAAAUGCCCUAGACCGCUAUUGACCACGAAGGAAAAGGCGUCAAAUAGUUUCAAUAGACAAGAAGAGUUUAUAUCCAUGUCUUUAUUACCAUUGACUACCGCUAAUACACGCAUACUCGUUGAGCAUGGAUGCCUUAAUUGGCCAAUAGUCGUGUUUGUCGGCUUUCAAUCCACCGUCAAAGAAUCCGGCAGCUUAUAUACAACGUACAUAUUUUUUCAAACAGCAGACUCCGGUUUUUCUGUCAAUUGGGACAAACGGUAGGUAGAGAAAAAAGCGAAACGAAUACAAAGGCGGUAAAAUGGGUGUAAAAUGUCAACGGUGGUGUCACAUUCUCUACCUAAAGGCGUUUCUCCUGUACGCUACAUCUGUGUGUCUUGCUAGUCAAUAGAAUGAAAAAAGAGAAAGACGGUAUUUGGAAAACGGACAAGGUGAUAUAUAUUAAACGGGAAAGAAUAAACAAUCGGCACACGCCUGGGAGGUUAUUGUAAAAACAAGAACAAACGCCAAAAUGACUAGACUGUCUUUGCAAAAACAACAGUCCUACGUGGCCGGUCAUUUACUUUCAUGUCAUACCAAAAACCCUUUCAUAUGUCUCUCAAACUUAGAAGUGGCUGAUGGGAAAAAGUGCUAAAUAUAAGAAGUAUUAGAGUUUAAAAGUUUUUAGGAUUCUCGUUAAAGUUCUUAGUCGGCUGGAGAGCAGACCAAAGUUUAUUGUUACUUAAAAUGUUUAAGUAGCUGUAGAUGAUGUUUUACGAGGCGCCACCAGGAUAUACUAACGAGUGCGUUGCAUUGUGGGGAUCAUCAUCCCCAAGAGAUUUAUUAGACGUAUCAAGAAGGCGAACACGUUUUACUGCAAUAUAUUCGAAAAUCGUUCAUCCUAAGAAUUAGAAGGAUAAAAAAUAUGGUUGAUGGAAAAAAUCCUUGGUUGCGAAGAAGUUUAGAAGCCGUUAAUCGUAUCGGUCAAUACAUUUUAGUCCCAUAUGAAAAAUCAUUAUUCUUCGUUAGGAAGUGUCGGUCUAGCGCGUUUGAGAGAGGUUUUGGAAGGGGUGGAAGGGAUGGUGAAAGAGAACGCCCCCAAAAAAGGGAAAAUUGCGUUUCGCCUAUAAAGGGUCGACAAAGAGUUUAGCGAAGCGUUAAUAAUUUAAAAAAUGAAACAUUGUCGCUGGCUUAAUGUAAUUUACUUGUUUGACUGGAUAACUGCGUAUAAUCAAUCAGCAAUUAGCUAAUUACAUUCUGUGUCAUACACUAAGAUGUAAAAAAUAGAUGACGGCAUUCAAUCCUUAGCGUCACUUAUUUCAUUUUCUUUCACAUUUUAUGAGCUUAUUGAUAAAGUAUUGCGUACCAGGUUUUGGGGGUGGAGAUAGAGGAAGGUCAGUUUGUCAGAGCAACUGUUUAGACAAGCUGAUUGCAAAAUGCCUAAGAAACGAUUUGUUUACAGAACUAGCUUACUUUUUUACGAUUCACCUUAAUUACUUACAGGCGAAAUAGGUAAAAGAGUUCGGUGGUUUUCGGUAUUUUACUUGGCAAAGCCAUGUUAUAGCCCAUAAAAUAAACGUAAGAAAGAGAACAGAAAAAUACCGAAAAUGUAAAUACAAUAGGAAAAAUCAACAUACAAAGUGGCAAACGACUAUGUCAAAGCCUUUUCUUAAAAGGUGUUCAAGUUGAAGCGGAAUUCUUGUCAAAACAUUGACGAGUAAUUAACAACGCCCAAGAUUCGCCACCUUUCGCGAGAAUUUGUUCAAACAAUAACGCUUGAACGCGACUGUAUACUGUCAAUAAAAUUUAGAACAGCUUCGUUUGUUUGUUUUUGUAUGAACUUGACUCGAACUUUUGGAGAAAUUCUAGAGUGAAUAUUGGCUAGAAAAAACUAACAAAACUUCAAUGUUAUAACCCCUACAAAGCACACAAUCGAAACGACGCCCUGAAACCAGUGUAAAUAGUACGUAAUCUAAAAAAAUAACAGGGAAGCCAAAAAUCGCUUUGGAUAUAUUUGAAACUCUUCCCGCUCUUCUUUUAUUCACCUGUUCAAAUUAACUGAAUAGGUAAAUAAGUGAAUCUUCAGUGUAUAUAUGGAGAAAAGUCAGAUCAUUUCAAUAUAAAUUUAUAGUGAGUACUCUAAAGGAAUUAGUAAAACGUUUCAAUGCGUGAUGAAAAGCUAUCCCUAGGAAAGAUUCAGGGGCUUCAAUUACGUGAAAUCAUACGAUAGAACCCAUAAAAAUACGGAAUUCAGCUUUAAGAUGGAGACGGCGGGUGAAAAAGGGGAGAAAGAUUCCUGCUGUUCUCAGGGAAUUUAAUAAAAACAUCUUUUAUGUUUUUUAUAAAACUUAAUACAGCAAUCACUCGAAGAAAUCACGUUUCAGAGUGCAAACGACGUUACACAAAAGCAUAAUUUAUGGUUUAGAAUAAACAGAAGAUCUCACGUUCGCUGCAAAUUACGCGAAACCGUUUUUAUUCUUUGAAAAACAAACAUUUUCUUUCGAGCUUUGUUUAAAUCUGUCAAACCUCUUCUCAUAUUCCGCUCCUCAUUAUUUCUAGCGCCCUCUAACAAUUCAAAAUUAGUUAUUAACUAGUAACACAUGCCGGCGACAGCUGCAACAGUCAAUUAGGCAACUACAUAGGCCACGUGUUGCUUAUUGUCGAGCAAAACGUCAGGGGACGCCACAAAUACUUUUGUAUCUAAGAUAAUUUCAUCUGUGUUUCCAAAUAGGAAGGGAUCAUGGGUAUACGUGUUUAUAGGCGGAUGAGUGAAAGCGCAAAACAAACUAACAGGUGAAAAAAUAUUGCAAACGGAUUAUCUUAAUACUGGUAUAUUCGAAUAAUAAACGUGAUAUGGGUGGCUAUCAAUCAGAAAAAAAUCAAACAGCAAUUGUGACUUAAAUAUUUUUUUGUUGAUCAAUAAAGGGUUGGAGUCCUAAAUGAUUAUUGAUCAAUAAUUUUUCGCGUAAAUAGGCCUACUGGGGUAGAGGGGCAUUGAAAAGCUGUUUCCAUUAUUUUUUCUUAAGAGAAUAUCGCUUACCUUAAAAGAACUCCGUACAAUAAA